UAUUAAUUUAUUAUUCUUGUAUAUAUUUCUAUGGGCAAAGGGAGGAUUUUAUAAUUUAUGUGUGUUGGAGGAAUUGUCUUUUUGAUCACAGAAACGGAGAAAUAGUUAAGACAGACAGAGAACUGAAAAUGCGAGCGAAGAACUUCUUCCAAGUUCCAACUACUUCAAAUUGCGCAGUUUCAGCUUCCACUUCAGUGCGGCUCUCCAACCUCGAUGAUCUGCUCCAACUCUAUCGUCUUAUAAUCUCUUCCGCCCCAUAGAAACUGACGAAUUCGCUCCACAUUCCAGACGAUGAGAUCCUCCAAAGGCGGUGGACGACUCGAAUCAACCAGCCACAUCCACACUCUCCAUCGCCGUCUUCACGACGCUCUCAAUCUCGGUACCAGGUUUAAUGAACAAGGCACGAAGAAAUGGAUGUGCACGGAUAACGAGGUACAGAGACACGUUGUUCGUUCCAUUGCAGCAUUUCUUGAAUCUGUUCCCAGAGAAUUAUGUUACAAUCACCUCGUGAAGGAUUCUAUACCUGAUAUUGUUUAUUCUUUGGUGUGGAUUCUUCAAGAUAAAAAUGGGGCAGCAUCAAGUAUUGCAGCUGAUGUUACAAUAAAGCUGGUCAGUGCUAUACCAAAUGCACUGUUGAAACCUUUUGUUUUGGAUCUUUCUCAUGCCCUUUCAUCCUUGCUACCUGCUCGUCAAAUAAAAAUUUCUGUAUCAUGUGCUACAGCUUUGAAUUUGAUUCUUUCAAAUGUAACAAGUAAAAGUGAGGAAGCACUUUGGGAGAUACUGAAAAGAACAGAAGUCGUUCAUCAUUUGAUUUACAUCACUCGAGACUUUUCAGUAGCUGUGAACCCGUUUGAAUAUAUUCAACCUUUGCUUUCUCUCUUGAGUACAAUACUCUCUCGUUGGCCUCUCUCUAGGCUUCCAGUUUGGGGUGAUGCUAAAUUGAUGGAAGUUUUGUAUGAUAUGUAUACUAAGCCAGACUUCUCUAUUAGAGCUGAAGUGUUGAAGUUGUAUUCUGCAAUAGCUCUAUGUGGUAUUGGCACAAAGAAGCUUUUAGAGCGUGGAGAAGCAAUUCUGCAAGAAAUGGUGGAAUGCAUGAGCAGCUCACGCCCUCCUCAUGUUCGGAUUGAAGCAUUUAGACUUGCUCAAUGUUUAGUGAUAAAUGAGGAGACAGGUUUGGAAAUGAUGAGUUCUCGUUGUGAACGAAUUGUCAAUGCCAUAUUAAGUGCAAUGGCUGAAUGUAGUUCACAACCUGCAAUAGCUACCAAUAAUCAGGCAUCCUUGCUUGAUGAGGCAUGUCGCUUGGCCUUAAUUACUCGUUGGGCUGGCCAGCAUCACAAUUAUUUUUGGAAACAUGGAAUCGACAGAGCUCUCCUUCAUCUUUUACUUGGAAAGUGUCCCAAACAAUUGAAUGAAUGUAUUUUAUCAUUGGAAGACCAGAUUAACAUUGCUCGGGAAGGUCUUAAAACAAAUCAUUUUCCUGGGUUGAGGGUUUAUGUCUGGGAAAUUCUUGGUUCGCUUGCCACAAACUUUAAUGAAGAUAUGUACCUGAACCAAAAUUCAAAUAGACUCCCAAUUGAAGUACUCAUAUCAUGUGCCUGUUUGGCAUUUUCAGAACUGUUUACUGGUUGGCGUCAAUUAUAUCAAGGUGAUGUUGUCAAUGCCUCGAAAGAUGAGUCAUUAUUGAGAGCUAUUAUGAUGAUGAUUUAUUCUCCUUCCAAUUAUAUUGCAUCGAGGACCACGUCUAUGUUAACAAAGAUGCUAGAGCCGAAUAUUAAUUCAUAUUUGAAGGACUUGCGGCAUACCCUGACUGGCAUUUCAUCUGGGACAAUUUCUGGAAUGCCAAAUAUUCUUAUAGUCAUCAAUUUGUUAAGUUUAGUAUGUUGUGUAGGUUUACCACAGUAUACAAUGUGGGACAAAAAUGAUGAAGGCCUGAAGGUAAUAUUGUCCUUUGUUAGGUGGUGCUUGAGCAAUGAAAUCUAUUUGGAUAGGCUGAGCUAUUCUUCUCAUUUGCAUUUUAACUUUCAUGAGAGAACUUGCUGUUGGGGCCCUAACAAAGAAUGGGAGGGAAGAGAUAUCCUGCUUUUAUAUAGUUUGCUAGGCCUGGCUGAGUUAAUUUUUCAUUCAGAUCCCUUGACGAACGAAAGAGGCAUAUCUUCUUUAUUAGUUGGAUUUACUGAAGAUGAGUUAAUAAGUAAGCUUCAGGACAUCUGCAGUGGUAGUCGUAGUUCCUCUGCUGGACUAAACUGGUAUGCUGCAUAUAUUCUUAGUUUAUUUGGAUUGUACGGAUUUCCCAGUAAAUUUGGGAACAGGAUUGGAAAAGCACUUGAUGAGAAGGACUAUUCAGACAUUCGAUUCAUUCACAUGAACGGAAAGUCUCUAAAUGUUCAUGGUGUGAUUCUUGCAGCUCGGUGCGCAUCACUGCUGCCUCCUAACUGGCCACCUGCAAAUGAGAAAAUGUGUAAUGAUUCAUCCUUCACAGACAUUUCUUACUCAUGUGGAAAGGUUCAGAAAGAGGUUUGUUUAUCUUCACAUGUUGACGAUAGUGCAAUGGCGAAGCUAUUAGAGUACGUCUACAGGGGAUACCUGCAAGCGGGGGAGGAACUUGCAAAACGGAUGAGAAGUCUGGCUAAACGUUGUAAAAUACAGCCCCUGUUCCAUAUACUUAGUAGAAAAAGACCAAAGUGGGGGACACCUUUUCCCCCCUUUAACCUCAUGGUGGCUCUUGGUCCAGCUGGAUAUCGUUUCUCAGACAUCAUCUUGGAGGCAAAAGCAACUAAGCAGACGAGUUGGAAAUGCGAUGUUUGUGCUUUAUCUGUGCCACACAUGCAUGUUCAUAAAGUAAUCUUAUGGUUAAGUUGUGACUAUCUACGAGCCUUGUUACAGUCGGGAAUGAGAGAAAGCCUCUCAGAAAUAAUUAAGGUACCAGUUGGUUGGGAGGCAAUGGUUAAACUAGUGGACUGGUUCUACUCAGAUAUGCUGCCACAACCUCCAACUGGGUGUCUAUGGCAUAAUAUGGAUGACCAACAGAAGUUGAAUGAGCUCCAACCAUAUGUAGAGCUUUGCUGGUUGGCUGAGUUCUGGUUUCUGGAAGAUCUUCAGGAACUGUGCUUACAUGUAAUUAUAUCUUGUCUAGAUGUUGCCCGUCACUUGUCGGUCAAUGUAAUUCGUAUGGCCGGAGAUUUCUCGCUGUGUAAGUUGGCUGAAAUUGCUGCAGAUUUUAUAGCUCCAAUAUAUUCUCAACUUCGUAAUCGUGGUGAUCUCGAAGCACUAGAUGAAAAACUCGUAAAUAUGGUUCGUGCUGCAUCGGUUCGACUUUCUCAAGAGGGUAAUUAUUCCUCUGGGUAGUUAGACUCCAUUAAGGAUCUGUUGCAUAAGGAUCUCUGAGAAGAAAAGGCUUCAUAAUCUAAUGCCUAACAAUUUUGUCUGUAGAAAUGAGGAUCAAUCAGUUCGGCAGUCUCUUAUUCGUCAAAUGCUUACGAGCCCGUGUUCGUGGUGUGACAAAUGAAGAUGAAGAAUUAUGGGCCUACCCCUUUUAUAUCGAAGCAUUGGGUACUGAAUUUCGUUUCGAUUUCUACAAAUACAUCAUACACAAAUAGCAUUCUCAAUCAAUGGGGAACAUGAGACUGAAAGAUGGUCGAUCUCGAUCUCAGAUCGACCAUCUUUUCAUAUCUGCGUCAUUGAAUGAGGAUAAUUUACUUAGAGAGGUUGUGAAGGAGGAAUCCCUUGGCUUUCAAGCUGCGGAAUUCGACUUGUACCGUACCGAACCGCCCAGAAUGACUUAAGCCCAGAUGCAAAUUGUGCAACAAGGGAAAGAGAAAACAACCACUUAUCUCAGAGUGCUUUAAGGAAGUCUCAAGCUCACAUCAGCUCGAGCUAUAUGCACCAAGACUACCACAUGUAACUUCACAAAUUUACAAUUAUAUGAGAUAAACCAUGAAUUCAUCCAAAACCAUCUUAUGACCAGAGGGUUGUCUACGGUAGCUCAGACCUUUUACAGUUUGUUUAAGUUGGGAACUUGGGAUCGAUCAAUGGGAAUAAGUCCAAACAUACAGCACUUCUCAAAAUCUACAACAUAAAAGAGACAGGAUUCUCGAAUGGCACCGUCUCUAAAAGCAGAUGAUGUAAACUUUGUUUCUGAACCAAACCUCCAAUUUGAAGAUUACUUUUCAUGCUCUAUGACCAAUGGGCUGUCUCGGGCAGUUGAAACAUUUUUCCAGUUGGCAAGCUGAUUUUUUGGUUAUAUUGUGGAAUAUUUGAUUGGAUAGAAACAUGAGUAUCCUAUUCAGGUAUUGAUAGAUCAAGGAGAGGCUUGGAGUUUGACACAUUUCAUCAAUGCCUCUUUUUUUGUAUACUUCUC